UUCUCUUCUUCGAUUCCCGGAGUCCGACGAGGGACCGCAGCAGCCGUCAGAAUGGUGAAGGAGCAGUUCCGGGAGACAGAUGUGGCCAAGAAAAUAAGCCACAUCUGUUUUGGCAUGAAGUCCCCUGAGGAGAUGCGCCAGCAGGCACACAUCCAGGUUGUGAGUAAGAACUUGUACAGCCAGGACAACAACCAUGCCCCCUUGCUAUACGGGGUGCUGGACCAUAGGAUGGGCACAAGUGAAAAGGAUCGUCCAUGUGAAACCUGUGGAAAAAACUUGGCCGAAUGUCUUGGCCACUAUGGCUACAUCGACUUGGAGUUGCCUUGUUUCCAUGUGGGCUACUUCAGAGCUGUUAUUGGCAUCUUACAAAUGAUCUGCAAAACCUGCUGCCACAUCAUGCUGUCCCAGGAGGAGAAGAAGCAGUUUCUAGAUUACCUGAAGCGGCCAAGCCUGACCUACCUUCAGAAGCGAGGCCUGAAGAAGAAAAUCUCUGAUAAGUGCCGGAAAAAAACCAUUUGCCACCACUGUGGUUCUUUCAAUGGUACUGUAAAGAAGUGUGGAUUACUGAAGAUAAUUCAUGAGAAAUACAAAACUAACAAGAAAAUGGUGGAUCCGAUUGUCUCCAAUUUCCUUCAGUCUUUUGAAACAGCUGUUGAACAUAACAAAGAAGUAGAGCCCCUGCUGGGGAGAGCCCAGGAAAACCUGAAUCCCUUGGUGGUUCUGAACUUAUUUAAACGCAUCCCAGCUGAAGACAUCCCUCUGCUGCUGAUGAACCCAGAAGCUGGCAAACCAUCCGAUCUGAUCCUCACUCGGCUCUUGGUUCCCCCUUUGUGCAUCAGGCCCUCUGUUGUGAGUGAUUUGAAGUCUGGAACCAAUGAAGAUGAUCUGACAAUGAAAUUGACAGAAAUAAUUUUCCUAAACGAUGUCAUUAAAAAGCAUCGGAUAUCUGGAGCCAAGACCCAGAUGAUCAUGGAGGACUGGGACUUUCUGCAGCUGCAGUGUGCACUCUACAUUAACAGCGAGCUAUCCGGCAUUCCCCUCAACAUGGCGCCCAAGAAGUGGACUAGAGGCUUCGUCCAGCGCCUCAAGGGAAAACAGGGUCGAUUUAGAGGCAAUCUCUCAGGAAAGAGAGUUGAUUUUUCUGGCAGAACAGUCAUCUCACCAGACCCCAACCUCCGCAUUGAUGAAGUAGCCGUGCCAGUUCAUGUGGCCAAAAUUCUAACUUUUCCUGAAAAAGUGAACAAAGCAAACAUCGAUUUUUUGAGGAAGCUGGUUCGAAACGGUUCUGAAGUUCACCCAGGAGCCAAUUUUAUUCAGCAGAGACAUACUCAGAUGAAAAGGUUUUUGAAGUACGGGAAUCGAGAGAAGAUUGCUCAGGAGCUCAAGUUCGGCGACAUCGUGGAGAGACACCUCAUAGACGGGGAUGUGGUCUUGUUUAACCGGCAGCCCUCACUGCACAAGCUGAGCAUCAUGGCCCAUCUGGCCAGGGUGAAGCCCCACCGGACCUUCAGAUUUAACGAGUGUGUCUGUACACCCUAUAAUGCAGAUUUUGAUGGUGAUGAGAUGAAUCUUCAUCUUCCUCAGACAGAAGAAGCUAAAGCAGAAGCCCUUGUUCUGAUGGGGACUAAAGCAAAUCUUGUCACCCCACGGAACGGGGAACCACUGAUUGCUGCUAUCCAGGAUUUUCUGACAGGUGCCUAUCUCCUCACUCUCAAAGAUACUUUCUUUGACCGAGCCAAGGCUUGUCAAAUCAUUGCUUCAAUAUUGGUCGGCAAGGAUGAGAAAAUUAAAGUUCGCCUUCCACCCCCUACGAUAUUAAAGCCUGUCACCCUGUGGACUGGAAAACAGAUCUUCAGCGUCAUCCUCAGGCCUAGUGAUGACAAUCCAGUGAGGGCCAACCUCCGCACCAAGGGCAAGCAGUAUUGUGGCAGAGGAGAAGACCUCUGUGUCAAUGAUUCUUAUGUUACUAUCCAGAACAGUGAGCUGAUGAGUGGCAGCAUGGACAAAGGAACGCUGGGAUCAGGAUCCAAGAACAAUAUCUUUUACAUUCUACUGCGAGACUGGGGGCAGAACGAGGCUGCUGAUGCCAUGUCCCGGCUGGCCAGGCUGGCCCCUGUUUACCUCUCUAACCGCGGGUUCUCCAUUGGCAUUGGUGACGUCACGCCAGGUCAAGGACUGCUAACAGCCAAAUACGAGCUGCUCAAUGCUGGCUACAAAAAAUGUGACGAGUACAUCGAGGCCUUAAACACAGGCAAGCUGCAGCAGCAACCCGGCUGUACAGCAGAGGAGACACUGGAGGCCCUGAUCCUGAAAGAGCUGUCUGUGAUCCGGGACCACGCGGGCAGUGCCUGCCUCCGAGAGCUGGACAAGAGCAACAGCCCCCUCAUCAUGGCCCUGUGCGGCUCCAAGGGUUCCUUCAUUAACAUAUCACAGAUGAUUGCCUGUGUGGGGCAGCAGGCCAUCAGUGGCUCUCGAGUGCCAGAUGGCUUUGAAAACAGGUCUUUGCCUCACUUCGAAAAGCACUCCAAGCUCCCAGCUGCCAAAGGCUUUGUGGCUAAUAGCUUUUAUUCUGGUUUGACACCAACUGAAUUUUUCUUCCACACGAUGGCUGGCCGGGAAGGCCUGGUUGACACAGCCGUAAAGACAGCUGAAACAGGAUACAUGCAGAGGCGGCUGGUCAAGUCCCUGGAAGAUCUCUGCUCACAGUAUGACUUGACUGUCCGAAGCUCCACCGGAGAUAUUAUCCAGUUCAUCUAUGGGGGAGAUGGCUUAGAUCCUGCAGCUAUGGAGGGAAAAGAUGAACCCUUAGAGUUUAAAAGGGUUCUGGACAACAUCAAAGCAGUGUUCCCGUGUCGGAAUGAGCCUGCUCUCAGUAAGAAUGAGCUGACCCUGACCAUGGAGUCCAUCAUGAAGAAGAACGAGUUCCUUUGCUGCCAGGACAGCUUCCUCCAGGAAAUAAAGAAAUUCAUCAAAGGGGUUUCUGAGAAGAUCAAGAAAACCAGAGAUAAAUAUGGCAUCAAUGAUAAUGGCACAACUGAGCCUCGUGUGUUGUACCAAUUGGACCGGAUCACCCCGACCCAGAUAGAAAAGUUUCUGGAGACCUGUAGGGACAAGUACAUGAGGGCCCAGAUGGAGCCGGGCUCUGCAGUGGGCGCACUCUGUGCACAGAGCAUUGGCGAGCCAGGCACGCAGAUGACCCUGAAGACCUUCCAUUUCGCGGGGGUGGCCUCCAUGAACAUCACACUGGGCGUGCCCCGAAUCAAAGAGAUCAUCAAUGCCUCCAAGGCCAUCAGCACUCCAAUCAUCACAGCUCAGCUGGACAAGGAUGACGAUGCUGAUUAUGCUCGUCUAGUGAAAGGGAGAAUUGAGAAAACCCUCUUGGGAGAGAUUUCCGAAUAUAUUGAAGAAGUGUUCCUUCCGGAUGAUUGCUUUAUUCUUAUCAAGCUCUCCUUGGAACGGAUUAGACUUCUGAGACUGGAAGUGAAUGCUGAGACAGUGCGGUACUCCAUCUGCACAUCCAAGCUCCGCGUGAAGCCUGGAGACGUGGCUGUGCAUGGCGAAGCUGUGGUGUGUGUCACCCCCAGAGAGAACAGUAAGAGCUCCAUGUACUAUGUGCUGCAGUUCCUGAAGGAGGAUCUCCCCAAGAUACCAAAGGGAAAGAAAGCCAAUGGGAAGAAGGUGGCCCCGGCGCCUGCCGUGGUCAAGAAGCAGGAGAUCAAGAAGGUGGUUAAUCCCCUGUUUGAAUAA